GAUGGUAUUCCCAGAUAGAAAGUGUGAUGGCUGUCGGUGGCCGCGGUUUAACCCGCGAUGGGGCCUUUGGUGUUGACCCAUGGGAUGGGAUGGGUAGAGGGUAGAGGUUGCAGUCUUUAGUGAGUCAACCAAGCGAGCUGUGAGAGAGGUCCUCGGUGGCCAUUCUCCAUCCCCCCCAGCGCACACUUCCCGCAUCUAUGCUACGCCUUCCCCGAUUCAGUCCUUUCUUGGCCUUCGACGAGCGAAGGAGAUACGUUUGCUCCUUGCCGGCGCUGACUCCAGACAUUUCGGUGUUCGUACUGAAGUGAAUCUGUGAUGAUUUAUGUCAAAAUGGCAGUGUUGAGAACGUUAAUUAUGAGUGCUCUCGUGACAGUGGCUGUGGGAUUAACAUACGAACAACUCGCUGCGGUGAAAAACUGUGAACCAUAUGAUUCAUGCCGAAAAACUGACCCUAGUCUCAGUAGUCUCAGCUUAAAUUGUCGGUGCGACGAGCACUGUGCCAUAUAUGACGAUUGCUGCCUCGAUUCUGAAUAUUUCGUCGCCAGCCCACCUGGCAAUAACAGGAAAACAUAUUCAUGCGAAAAGCCUAAUGAUGUUGAUGCUGUGUACAUGAAAAGAACGUGCGAGGAUGGUUGGACCGACGAAGAGAUAGAACAUUUUUGCUCAUUAGGAUCUUCAAAAACGGAUUACCGCGAUCCUGUGGCUCAGCUUCCGGCUACUAGCCUGGGCACGAAUAUUACUUAUGCCAACUAUUAUUGUGCAAUUUGCAACCGCGAUUCAUCUAACUUAGUUUUGUGGGAUGCUGGGUGGGAUUGUGGAAAUCGACUUGGAACGGAAAAUAGCUCUGUCCUAUUUAAGGAUGGGGCUUGGGGCAUCAGUGUACGUAAUGUAGGUGUCGAAGAAUUUGUUAACUGUACUUUAUAUCCAGACAUACCCAAAAGUUUAAUUACUGUUGUGAGAAAUUGCACUCCAGCAAUUGCGAGCUGUUCGUCUAAUUGGACUAAUUCGAACAUAGAACAGUUGUGCCAUUCUUACACUGCCAUAGUUUAUGGGUCAUUUGAUAAUUACAGAAAUGUUCACUGUGCAAUGUGUAAUUCAGUGAGUCCAAAUAAAACAGGAUGUUACGGUAGUUUCUUUCGGGCAAAUAACAGGGGAAAGCCAACUUUUGCCGUCCUGUUUGAUUUCGCCGACGUCACCGGAAGUAACUACGUGGGAUCCAAAUCUAUCUGCCGAAAAACCGAGAUCUGGGACCCCUUCUUUAAGAAAUGUCGCAAUGUUGUAUGCGGAAGACCAGACCAGGUGUUUUCAAUUAACAGGUGUGUAAACUCCAACGACUUGAAUGAAGGUACAAGUAGCGAUCCCAGCGUCAUUACACCAACAACUGAAACGACAUCCACACCCACAAGGGGCGUGCCCAUCGUCUUUCCCACGGCUCCCUCAUCAAAGGAUAAAUCUUCCAUCUUCAUGAGUACCCCUGCCACUGAAAGCACACACAGUGUCACAGGUACAGCUUCUGCUACUAACAAAACAGAAGAAUUCCAAAGCUGUCACAAGAUACUUCUAUCCUCUAAGGAAUUCACCAUAAAAGAAAACGGCAGCAUUUUCGUUCAGAAUUAUAGCAAAAUUUUUAACCCACCAGAAUACCAGUUAGGUAGCGAUGGCGUCCUCGUUUGUGCCCCUCCAGUAGUAACUGGUAAAUUCUCCUCUGCCAUGGCUUGGGUUUCGCUCGCGGGGGCUUUGGCUUCAUGUCUGUGCUUGGUGCUGCAUUUGAUUGCAUUUUUCAUGGUGCCUGACCUCAGGAACUUGUCAGGAAAGAAUCUGGCAUCACUUUGUCUCGCACUACUGGCAGCUUACAUCUCCUUCGUUGUGAAUCUCUUCAUCGAACCAAACCCUCUCGAUUGCAUCGUCUUGGCUGCCGUCAUGUACUUCUGCUUUCUGUCUGCCUUUUGCUGGAUGAAUGCCACAGCUUUCGACAUCUGGUACACCUUCAGACUGACCAUUACAGAGCUUAGAGUUACAGGCGGCAACCAAUGGCACAGGUUCAUUGCCUACUCUAUCUAUAGUUGGCUAAUACCGGCCAUAGCUGUUGCAGUUGUGGUUGCCAUAGAUUUAUGGCAACCGGAGGGCAUCCCCAAGGAUUUCCUCCCAAGCCUGGGAGCUAAUUGGUGCUGGUUUGGACACAGGAAAGCCCUGCUCGUGUUCUUCGCUCUGCCCAUAACGCUUAUGGUCCUCUUGAAUGGUGUGUUUUUCAUCAACACAGCUCGAAUCAUUGCCGAAACGACGACGGCCACUUCGAACAGUACGAUGAGUUCCCAUCACAAGAACCAAUACAAGAUGCACAUGCGUCUUGCUGUGUUGAUGGGAUUCACCUGGCUUUCCGGUACCGUAGCCGGGUACCUGCAGCUGGAGGCUUUGUAUUACAUCUUCGUCGUGCUCAAUACCCUGCAGGGAGUAUUUAUUUUCAUAGCAUUCACUUGCAGGAGAAAAGUGUGGCGGAUUAUGGGCGUGACUUCCCACAGCUUGUUCGAGAAAGCAACAUCGUGGGUAAGCAGCCGUUUGGGAGGAAACAACGCACAAAAUAUGGAGCUGAAGAACAACACGACGCCGUCCACAUCCGUUGAUGGCUGGUGAAAUUCAUUCGUUUUUGUUCGUUGUCGUGUUGCCUCGGCUUAGUUGCCUACGACAGCGUUUCCUAAAUCCAAGUUGGAACAUGUACAUAAUUAUAAUUGUUUUUAUGGAGUUACGUUUGAGUGAUAUCCAUAGCGUUUGAAUUAUAAUGUGAUAGGUAUAUUGCAUUUAACGUACUUCUGGGAUAUUAUUCUGCAAUCACUUGACUUACUUGGAAUCAAAGCAGCUUGUAAAGUUUCAUCAUCAGCAUCACUAUGUCGAAUUUCAUUGUCAUGUCAAUCACCAUUUAUCAUUUGUUACCUAAUUCUCAUAUCUUAGUCAUAGACAGUUUUAUGUUACAAUAACUGUAGCUGUGAGGAGUAACUGUAUUUCAUUUAUCAUUAAAGUCAUGAUCUUA